CUAUACCUUCCAGAUAUUAUAUUUUUUUUUCUUUUCCUUAGUGAUCGUUUUGGUGAUUUGAUUUGGGCAAGGUAACGUAUAAAAACCGAGUAUCUGUGGGUCUUAAUCCUCUUCUAUGAUUCGUUAAUCUUAAAUUGAGCAAAUUCAGAAACAAUUCGAAAGAUCCUAGAUUUUUGUAGUCCCAGCUGUUUCUUGAAACAUCGUUUGAUUUAUUUUUGUUUAUGUGUUAAGAUUUGUCUUUUUCCUUGCUUACAUAUCUGUGUUUUUGUCUCUUUGGUCUCUCUCUAUGUAAUCUACUUAUGCCAUUUGUCUGGUCUUUAAUUUUUCAGCCACAAUGAGAUUAUUUAAAAACUCAAGAUUAUUUUUUGUCAGAAUCUAUUGUUCCAGGAUUUGUGAGGCAAUGGCUUAAUUAAUCAGUAAUCUUCUUUGUUUGAUUUUUGAUUAUUGGGUGGAUAUACUGAUUCUUCUUUGUUUUUGUUUGUUUUUUUGUAGACGCAAUAAGCUAUAUCUGAAAGCAAAAAACUCUCUGGAACUUUUCAUUAUUAACAACAAGCUGAAAUCAUUUUAAUUGUAUAUAUAAGCAAAAGUACUAUAAAAUAUCAUCGAAGAUGGAGGAGAUGUCACCUGAUAAUAUACAUGGAGUCAUUUUAGCUGUGUCUUCGAGUGUAUUCAUCGGUUCUAGCUUCAUCAUCAAGAAAAAAGGUCUUAAGAAGGCCGGUGUUAGUGGAGCCAGAGCAGGUGAAGGAGGGUAUGGAUACUUGUAUGAACCUUGGUGGUGGGCUGGAAUGAUAACAAUGAUUGUUGGGGAGAUAGCCAAUUUCGCAGCAUAUGCAUUUGCACCGGCUAUUCUAGUGACACCUUUGGGAGCUCUAAGUAUUAUUUUCAGCGCAGUGCUAGCACAUUUUAUUUUGGAAGAGAAGUUGCAUAUGUUUGGUAUACUUGGCUGCAUUCUCUGUGUUGUUGGAUCAACAACGAUUGUUUUACAUGCUCCUCAUGAGCAAGACAUUGAAUCAGUCAAGCAAGUGUGGCACCUUGCUACUGAACCAGGUUUCCUAGCGUAUUCUGCUGUGGUCUUGGUUGUGGUGCUUACAUUGAUCUUCUACUACGAGCCACGUUAUGGGAAGACGCAUAUGAUAGUAUAUGUUGGGAUUUGCUCUUUAAUGGGCUCUCUUACAGUUAUGAGUGUUAAAGCUGUAGCAAUUGCCAUAAAGCUGACGUUUUCGGGAAUGAACCAGUUCAAGUACUUCCAUGCAUGGAUCUUCAUCAUAGUAGUGACCGUAUGUUGCAUUCUACAAAUCAACUACUUGAACAAGGCUCUGGAUAAUUUUAACACAGCGGUCAUAUCUCCAGUUUACUACGUUAUGUUUACAACGUUCACCAUUAUAGCUAGCAUGAUCAUGUUCAAGGACUGGGCUUCUCAAAGCGGAUUGCAAAUUGCUACCGAGCUAUGUGGCUUUGUGACCAUUUUAUCAGGAACCUUUCUCCUCCACAAGACAAAAGACAUGGGAAAUAGUACCAGCUUACGCGGUUCCACAACGCACUCGCCAAGAGACACUCCUGUCUUCAUAAAUUCAGGUUCCAGUCGCAGUUCCACUUCCACUAGGCCUUCAAUAUUAUAAUCCCAUAGGUCAUCAGAUGGUAGAUCAUCUAACGGCCUAGAACGAGGCAGCAAGAGCAACAAAAGCCUCAAAGAUAACUUUUUUUUGUGUGGGUGGAAAAGUAAGAAAACAGAGCAAUUGGGUUCUAAGGGUAUGAUGUUUUUUUGGAGAAGGGAAUGUUUAGUGAAUGAUUUGUUAGGGUGCUAUUUGAUUGAUUGCUUCAUGUUAUUUCAUUUUAUUUUAUGUCUUGUUUCUCAUAUGAGAGAUAUAAAGGAAGUUUUAAACACAUAACUAAAGAUCACAGCUUCACCAUUUUUCUUCA